AUGUAUUUUUUGUUUGUGUAUUAUAUUAGUUGUUAAUCACUUCUCUCUGUCCUACAGCCCUUUGGUGUGAACCAGCCUGGCCCGUAUGUGAUGUACACAUCAGUGGACUCGAAUGGUUAUCUGAAGAACGCGUCUGCGGGGCAGCUCAGCCAGUCAGCUCAUCUCGCGCUCCAGCUGCCCUACACUGUGCUCGGUCUGGGGCGCAGCGCCAACUUCCUGGAUCACCUGUUUGUGGGCAUCCCCCGGCCCCCUGGAGGGAAGGACGUGAGGAAACAGGAAUGGACCGCUAUCAUUCCUAACUCCCAGCUCAUCGUUAUACCGUACCCACAGAAUGACCCUCGCAGCUGGAGUGCAAAGCUCUACCUAACCCCCAGUAAUAUAGUCUUAUUGACAGCGAUAGCGCUGAUUGGCGUCUGCGUCUUUAUUCUCGUCAUCAUCGGGAUACUGCACUGGCAGGAGAAGAAAGCAGAUGACCGGGAGAAGAGGCAGGAGGCCCAUCGCUUCCAUUUUGAUGCCAUGUGAGACACCGGAGGAAGCGUUGCGGGCAAACGCCGAGAAGAUCGGGGCUUUCAUUUCAGUGGUUUAUUUAUUGUCACUUUUCUUCCACACUGGAGCAUUUGUAUGCAUUUAAUAAUGUCUGAAAUCAGAAGAAUCCAUCUAAAUAUGAAUAUUUUGAACAGUGAUGUCUCUGCGGAUCUGUUGACUUCUGAAGAGAAGAGGUAUGUUUCUGUCAAGUUUGUUUACAUGAUCCUAAACUCAUAAUGAUGUUUGCACACUGAGAAGAGAGACAAGUAUUUUGUGCCAUUUUUGUACUUCGGUUUGGGAUAAACAUGUUGUUUUGAAACUCUUUGGUUUUCUGUAUUGUUAAAGUGAAUGGUAAAUGUCAAGUGGGCAGAAACAGAAAACCCGUAAAUCGUUUUUCGUUCGUUUCGAGUUUUCCUUUUUGAAGGACUUAAGUAAUUGUCGGCG